GCGCGGGCUGGCCGCAGUCCCCGCUGUCCCCGCUGUCCCCGCUGUGCCCGGAGCAGCUGCCGCCGCCUCUCAGCGCGAUGCCGCUGCAGCAGGGCUCUGCCCGGGCGCGGCAGCGCACCGUGCUCCUGGCGGGCAUCGCCGUCCUGCUGGCCGCCCUCGUCCUCGCCGUGGUGCUGGCCUCUCUCCUGACCCACGGAAGGCACGAGGUCAGCCCCAAAAUGCUGCAGUGGAAGGACAGGGGGACCACGAAGAACUUGCAAGAAGUUAUUCUGGGAAGAUGCUACAACUACAUCACGGCGCAGCACCCGGAGCUGGGAGAUAAGGAUUGUCUAAAAAUAUGGGAAUCAUUAAGAGAUGCCUUCAUUUACAAGAAUCCCUGUAAUAUCACACCAGAGGAUUACCAGCCUUUAAUGGAGCUAGCGAGCCAUCCCAUACCCUGCAACAAGUCACUGUUCUGGAGCAAGACAGGUGACCUUGUUCAUCGUUAUACAAAAUCCAAUCAAAAUUUCCUUACCUUGGAGGACACCUUGUUGGGAUAUAUGGCUGAUAGAAUUUCAUGGUGUGGAGACCCCUCUACCCCAGGAAUCAACUAUGAAUCUUGUCCAAAACGAAAUGAAUGUGAGAGCAACCCUGGCUCUGUGUUCUGGAAAAUGGCAUCCAAGAUGUUUGCAGAAGCAGCAUGUGGUGUGGUUCAAGUGAUGCUCAACGGAUCAAUAGAAGCUGGAGCUUUCAGAAGCAGCAGCAUUUUUGGAAGUAUUGAGAUCUUUAACCUGGAUCCAGAUAAAGUCACUGAAGUGCACAUUUGGCUUAUGCAAAACAUUGGUGGGCCUCAAAGUGAAUCCUGCUCAGGUCAGUCCAUUCAGAGGUUAAUAAGCAUUUUAGAAGAACGAAACUUUAAGAUCAUCUGUGAAGACAAUUACAGGCCUGUUCAGCUCCUUCAGUGUGUGCACAGCCCAGACCACACAGACUGCAGGCUUUGCACCAACAGCUCAGCAAUUCCGUGAAGCAGAGCUCUCCGCGCUACUGAAGAAUUCCCUUACUUGUGUGCAGAGCUGGAGGAGAUGUGGCUACAUAGCUAAGAGUGAUAACAGUAGCAUGGUGUGUGCUGAGUCCAUAACCAGAAAUCCUUGCUGUGAUGCUAACAGCCAAAUAGCAGGAGAUGGUACCUGAGGUGUGCUGCUGUACACCCACAAAAACACACACACAGAGACGGGCCGGGCUGUGGUCAGCGAUUGAAGGCAGAUGCUUUGCCCUGGUUUGCUCCCUCCUAUACAGCUUGCACAGAGCAGGGAUUCCCUGGGGCAUGCACAGAGAAGAAGAGACUUUCCAUGGUAGGCAGAACUCGCCUAGAUCAGUGCUCAUCUUCCUUCCUGCUGAAAGGUUCAGCAGGAAAUGGCCAGAGCAUGCUACGUUUUCCCUGCAUCCCAGUGCAAACUUCCCCAGAGGGGAAUGUUGCCAUUGGCACAUAGUAUAAAUCAUGGCUUUCCCAGGUACUGUGACACUUCUGACCAGGUAAAGCAAGCAAUGGAAUAGGCAGAGCAGUUCUUGCCUUUUAAUGGGCAUCACAGUAAGCAGCUGGUGGGAAGACAGCUGAGCUGAGCUAAGAAAAAAACAGAAACUGCUCACAGGGUUGCCUGCACCUGUAAAAACUGCUUAGUAUGCAGCUGGGAGAGAAAAUAGUGAGACUGACUCAGAUAGCUCCAUUAAAAUCCUACUGGAUAUACCACUGCUGGUCAGAUUACAUUUUGUUCUUUAUAUAGCAGUAAACAGUAGCCUUCCAACUUUCAUAAAAGGUCCCUCAGGCCACAACUUGGCCAUCCACUGGAAUAGAAACAAACAUCAAACGGUUGCCACAAUAAGGAGCCUCUCUUGACCUCAGUCUCUGCAGUGAAAGGUGAUGCCUUGAGGUGUAUAAUUCACAAGCACAGACGUGCCAAGGUGCACUGAAGCAGCAGGUUUCACUGAUUUCCUUUGAUUUCUAUUUUACCAGUCUCAAGUGCAGUGUUUAUAGCAAAACAAGUAUCUGAGGCCAGCUUGUGGCCACGGCUGUAGUGCCUCUGUGCAGUGCCACUGACAAAGAACAGAGCAGGCUUUGCUACAGACAUACUUCCAAUGUGACCAGCAGCUGCCAAACCUUUAGGCACUCUGGGGUUUCCAUGAUCCCACAGGGAGAAGCUUGUACUGCCACAUGUUUUAAUGAUACUGGGAGUGCAAAGCAUCCUUAUGGAACUACACAAGCUGGUGUAAUUUUGAGCAUCUCUAGAUAAACCUCAUCUCUUCAAUAGCAAUAGAAGGCCUGCACUGAGCCUGGCUGGACCAACCCAAGACCUCACCCAUGUUUACAUUAAGUGAAAUGUAUUUUUAUUUGUAAGUUGUUAUGUAACUACUUAGAUGAAUCAACAUAGACACAAACCAAUACUUUCAAAUAGGUUAUUUCUGACUAUCAGAAAGUUACAAGUUUGUCUUCAUGCUCACUUUUGUACCUCUUCUGUUGCAAUAUAUUGACUGUAAAAUCAAGACCUAUAAUAAAAUUCCUGAUGACAAA